AUGGCCCGGGGCGUCCACGCGGGGGCGGUCUCCGUGGUGGCCGUGCCUGGGGGCGCGGUAGGCCGAGAACUCCCCCGGGAGAGGUGGUGUGGGUGGAGCGGGCUCGGCGGCCACCCGACACGGGGCCAGUCUGGGUGCCCCGCAGGCCCCCGAGGGCUCAGAGUUGGGGCGGCGCCUCGGGCGGAGGCACAGGACCAGCCUGGGGGGUACCCCCGGAGGACAGGGGCUCCCCGGAGCCACCCAGUGGCGAUGUGUGGGUGCCUCGGGGCCGACCCCCUGCGGCAGCCGCAGAGGUGUGGGUUUGCUGGGCGGGAGGCAAUUGGGUGUGGCGUGAAUGGGGUCGCCCGGUUGGGGCAACUGCUGCGCAGCCAGAUAGGGUUUGGACUUUGCGGAAAGGGACAGGGGGGAAUUGAAGAGCAGAGCUGGGGACUGGGAGGGACGGAAGGGCAGGGGGUGAGCAAAGGGGCUGGACCCUGGCUGCUGUGGCCUCCCCUGACCCCCUCCCCCCGCUGCUGGGGUCCUCGGGCAAGCCCCCUUCUCCCUGGACUGAAACAUGAGGCUGAGCUGGGUCCUGACAGUAUUGUCCAUCUGCCUGAGCGCCCUGGUCACGGCCGCCGGGGCCGAGGGCAAACGGAAGCUGCAGAUCGGAGUCAAGAAACGGGUAGACCACUGUCCCAUCAAAUCACGCAAAGGGGACGUCCUGCACAUGCACUACACGGGAUGUGUGAGGGGGAAAAGCGGAAGCUGGUGAUCCCAUCAGAGCUAGGGUACGGAGAACGGGGAGCUCCCCCAAAGAUUCCAGGCGGUGCAACCUUGGUGUUCGAGGUGGAGCUGCUCAAAAUCGAGCGACGUUCAGAACUGUAGCCAAACUGGGGAGGGCUGGGGGAGAGGCCCCCAUCUGGGACCAGACUGUUUGUUUAAAGAAAGAAAAAAAACUUUAAAGCCCA